AUGACAGGCCUCCUUUUACUAAUCUACUGCAUCAAUAUAUCUGCUUCAAGGACAAACUUUACUGACGAAUCAGCUCUAUUAGUCUUCAUAGCACAAAUAACCAAUGACCCCGAUGAAACUCUGAUAAAAAACUGGACACAAGGGACAGAAGUUUGCAGUUGGAUUGGUGUUUCUUGUAGCACACGGCAUCAUAGAGUUGUCUCACAAAACCUCAAGAGUCUAAGAUUAAGAGAGUCCAUUCCGAAAGAAAUAGGGAACCUUUCCUUCCUUAGUUUCUUGGAUUUUGGCAACACUUUUAAUGGUGUAAUUCCCAAUGAACUUGGCCGUCUAAUGAGACUCAAGUACUUGUCCUUGCAAAUGAAUAAUCUCACUGGUGAAAUCCCACAAAGCCUUGGAUUUCUUUCGAGGCUUGAAGUACUGGAUCUUUCUGAAAAUGACCUAUAUGGAUAUGUUCCAUCAUCUAUCUUCAAUAUCUCUUCUUUAAAGAUCAUUGAUUUGAAUUUGAAUGAUCUAAGUGGGAAUUUGCCAAAUGACAUGUGCAGUAAUCUCCCAAUGCUGCAAUAUUUAUUCAUGGGUAACAAUGGUUUAGUGGGUGAACUUCCUAGUCGUUUAGAUAAAUGCACCCAACUUUUAGCUCUGUCCUUGUCUUAUAACAGAUUCACAGGAAACAUUCCAAGUGAAAUUCAGAAUCUUCCAGCAAUUCAACAUUUAAGUUUUCGAAAAAACGAAUUGGUUGGAACUCUUCCACCUUCUAUGGGGAAUUUGUCGACUUUGGUGAUGUUAGAUAUUGGUGCUAAUAAUCUUCAUGGAAACAUUCCUACAGAAUUUGCAAAACUUGUCAAUCUGAAAGAAAUAUAUCUUGGUUCAAACAAUAUAUCAGGUCAAAUUCUAGACUCUUUCUAUGACAUUUCUGGGUUAGAAAUGAUCGCGCUUGCAGCUAAUGAGCUUUCUGGAAGUCUACCUUCUAACUUUGCCCAUAAAUUUCCAAAUCUUAAUGUCCUUUAUCUUGGGUUGAACCAGUUUAGUGGGACAAUUCCUAGCUCCAUUUCAAAUGUUUCCAAGCUCACUUUCCUUGAUUUGGGCCACAAUUUUCUUAGUGGGGAUGUGCCGAUGAAUCUUGGAAAUUUGCAGCAGCUUGAAGUGAUCAACUUGCAGUGGAAUCAACUGACAAAUGAUCCUUCCACAAGGGAAUUAAGUUUCCUUACUUCCCUAUCGAGCUGCAAGCACUUGAAGCGUAUACAACUAGGAUAUAAUGCAUUCAGAGGAACUUUUCCAAAGUCCUUAGCCUUCAGUAAUUGGUCUGAUUCUCUUGACGUAUUCAUCACCUCUGGAAACAACAUCACAGGUGAAAUCCCUGUUGAAAUCAGUAAGUUGAGUAACUUGGUGUGGUUAGGCAUUGGAAAGAAUCGUUUGAGUGGUUCAAUUCCUCAUGAAUUGGGAAACAUGAGGAAAUUGCAAAAGUUGACACUUUGGAAAAAUAAAAUAAAUGGUACCAUACCAGAAAGCUUAUGCAAUAUGGAGGUCUUAUUUCGACUUGACUUGAGUGAAAAUCAGCUUUCAGAUGAAAUACCAAGUUGUUUGGGAAAUCUUUCUUCUUUAAGAGAACUCUUUUUAGAUUCCAAUGCAUUGAGUUCCAAUAUUCCUCCAACUUUUUGGAGUAACAUCGGUAUAUCAACUCUGAAUUUGUCCUCCAAUUUUCUCAAUGGUUCUCUGCCUAUUGGAAUAGGAAGAAUGAUCCCCGAGUCUCUGGUGAAUCUUAAACAACUUAGCUAUCUUAAUGUGUCUUUCAAUGCACUCACUGGUAAGAUUCCAAAUGGAGGACCUUUUGCUAAUUUGGCUGCAUCUUUCAUGGGGAAUGCUGAAUUGUGUGGACCAUCUCAAUUCAAUGUGGCGGAAUGCAGAAUUGGUGGCAUGAAAAGAAAAAACAAAAGGAAGGCUUUAACUUUUGCUCUUGCAUCAGUUGCAGUAGCAUUAGUAGUCACAACUAUUUUCAUGAGGAUCUCUUACUAUGAAGUUGUUCGAGGGACAAACAACUUUGAUGAAGCCAAUUUGAUUGGCAGGGGAGGCCUUGGUCUAGUGUACAAAGGAACACUCCAAGAUGGAAUUAUCGUUGCUGUAAAGGUUUUCAACACAGAAGUACAAGAUGCAUUUAGAAGAUUUGAUUUGGAGUGUGAGGUUUUGCGUAACAUUCGCCAUAGAAAUCUUGUUAAGGUGAUAAGUAGUUGUGCUAAUCUUGAUUUUAAAGCAUUGGUUCUAGAGUACAUGCCAAAUGGAAACCUUGAUGCUUGGCUUUACUCUCACAACAACUUUUUGGAUUUAAACCAAAGAUAG